UACAAGUUCGACAGCUUGGGGUAAUUUCAUUGGCUAAGAUUUUCUUGGCUUUUUUUUCGCAAUUUUCGCUGCAAGUUAAGUAAGCGCGAGAGCAUUACCAUCUGAAGGGCGGCGGCGAAAAUGACUUGUUGAGCGUCGUUUAUUAUACCUUGUUUUAUUGUUUUUAGGAAGCUUUGAAUGAAGUCUAACUAGACCAACACAGGCUGUAAUUAUAUCUGACAAUAUCUCUAUUUUAAUCAUAGCACUUCACUGAUUUAAUAAUUUAAAUGUCUUUAUGUUCAAUGUGCUUUAAGGGGAGGGAUUCCGAUCCUGACCCAACUCAAGAACUAAAGACAGUCGCUGGCGAUGUACCAGAAAGGAGAGAUUUCAUACAUGAGGUUGAGAAAGCGAUGAGCUUAAAUAAAAAGGGUAUGCUAGGUUGUCUCUCAUCAGGGAGUGACCAAACAACUAGAGGAGGUGAUGAACAAAAUUUGAAUUGCUCCGACAUUUUCAUUCUUCACUGCAAUAACAUGGAGGACAAAGCCCUUGCGAAAGAACUCAGCGAUAAAUUUCGCAGCAUCGAAUCGCAUCUCUACGUUGUCCAACAGUCGGACUACAAAGCACUACGAACCAGACCGCGUAUCACGCAAGGUGCAAUUAACUUCUGUUCCCGCCUCAUCGUCGUCUUAUCAGAUAAAUACAUACAGGAGGACUACGGCUUGCUGAGGAAAAUGCUGACGCACAGCGGCAACCAGCAGAUCAAACAGAAACUCAUAGUGGUCCGCAGAGUUGAAAAGAAAAAUGUACCAAACGAACUACGCGAGGAUGUUUAUCAGACAGUUGAAUAUAAUGUAGAAACAGAUAGUAAAUUUUUCUGGUAUAACAAAAGUUUCUUUCAGAGAGCAGUCCCGCCUUCAUCUCAGAUUCUAUUCUAUACUAAUUAAUUGAUGUCAUUCCAUAUAGUUGGAUGGAGCUACUCGCAUAUAUUGCCACCAAAUAUUUUACCGUUUAAAAUAUUCCACCCUUAAUUUUAAUGUCUUUUUAUAAUGUACCGGUAACUGUUGAAAAAUGCAUUUUAUAAACUACUGUAUAAGUAUGUUGUAUGUUUUUAAUGCAGCUACUAAUAUUUUUUAUUUUUUUUGGAUUUUAAUGUUCAAAUUUUGUUUUCUGCUUGUUGUAUGACCCCCAGUUAGGUUUUUAAAUCUAGGUAUAGGUGUCCAAUUACCUUUUUCCAAAUUUCAGUGUUAUAUUGUACAUAGUCAAUGAAUUUUGUUUGCUCCUUUAGAACGUGUUUUAGCGAAAAUGUAAAUUACUGUAUAUGAUAGUGUUAUAUUUUAAAUAAUCACUGUCACUUUUUAAUAAUUGUGGCUUGUUUUAGUGCACUGUUUGAUAUUUAUUGCCUUGUAUACCAUAGCAUAUAUAGAAGUCUUGAAAUUGGGGGAAGGGAGCUUGAUGGAGGGGUGAAGUGUGGGGCCCCCUCAAUGAUUAGGUUAGGGGAGGUAGCUUGCAAAAAAAGGUGAUACCUGUAUUUAAAUACUUAAACGUUAUCCCCGCAUCCCCUAGAUUUGCCACUGUCUGGGAUAAAUUAACACAAACCAGUUUUUAUCAGUCCAGUACUCCCAUCAUUCCAUCCUGUAUUAGUGCAACAUUCAUCAUAGAGGGCGGUAUUUAAAUUUAAUUCCGGCCACUUUCAAAAUGCUGUAUGUAUUAAGGGAUUUUGAUAUUUAACAAAUACAGUAUAUGGUGUAAUAUAUUUUUAACAUCAUGAUAACCUGAGGCUGAAAUCAUGAAGUUUUGUGUGUGUUAGAUAAAUCGUGUUUGCCGUACCAUGUGAAAUAUUUCAUACUUCAACCAUGCUUUAACCAACGUUCUUUCUUUUAAAAAUCCAUGUUGAAAUAGUUUUUAUUAAAAAAAAGCUGCUAUGGAUAAUACACAAAAUGGUCCAAUUUCAAACACAACCAUUGACUUUCGUAGGUCAGAUGCCAUCUGCGAGGGUCUAGUGGCUUAAAAAAACGAAUGGAUUGUCAUUAAAAACAAUAGGUUGCGCGCACAUCAUUUUCUCCUAGAAUCAUGUUGGCCAAUGACCCUCAGGCGUAGCGAGUGCCUUGCUUAACACAUUUAAAUUCUCAGCUUGGUAACUAUGUAUGAAUUUAUGACCAUGUUAUGUACGUAACAUGCGAUGUUACUAGUCUAUUCAUUGAAAGUGCAAUAGAGUUAAGAUGUGUAAAUCACAGGCGUGUUCACUUUUAGUGCUUUCAGUACAGUACUGUAAUAUUAUCUAGAAUAAAUUGUAACCACCAUUACUCUAAAUACUGAA